AUGUAUGUGGCAACUACCGAAGAAGACAUUCCAGAAGAUCAUUCUUGGAAACUGAAUUUUGACGGGGCAUCAAACGCUGUUGGUAAUAGAAUUGGGGCAGUCCUGAUAUCCCCAAAUAGAGAUUGUUAUCCAUUCACUUGUAAAUUGGAUUUUGAUUUCACGAACAAUAUAUCAGAGUACGAAGCAUGUAUCAUGGGAAUCCUUGCAGCCAUCGAGCGUAAAAUCAAGGUGUUAGAGGUGUAUGGGGGUUCUGCGCUGGUGAUCUAUCAGCUCAAAGGUGAAUGGGAAACAAGAGACCCAAAUUUGAUCAACUACCGAGAGCUAGUUCUAGAUUUAAUUAAGGAGGAUAUAAAGUUGAUCCAGAUGAGUAUUUAUGAGGCUGCAACUCAUUGCUGCAAUAUCGAUGAAGAAGAGAAGAUAGAUGAUUGUCCUUGGUAUCAUGAUAUUCUACGAUAUGUGAAGAACCGUGAAUACCUUGAUCAGGCUACGAAAAAUGAUAAGAGAACAUUAAGGAGGCUGACCAGUGAUUAUGUCUUAGACGGGGAGAUUCUGUAUAAAAUGAGGAAAGAUCAGAAAGAUUUUAGAGGGAAGUUGAUGCCAAACUGGGAAGGACCUUAUAUGGUAAAUAAGGCUUUUUCUGGAGGAGCACUGAUAUUAACUGAGAUGGAUGGUAAGAGCCUGCCUAACCCAAAAAAUUCAGAUUCAGUCAAGAAGUACUUCGCUUAA